CGUAAAUCUCUCUUUGAGGGAUCCUACUCCUCACAUGGCAGACCUCAAACCAACCUUUCAUCAUCUGAACAACUCCCAAUCCCAGCGACUCCUGUGGCUACUUGAAGAACUCGAAAUCCCGUAUACACUAAAGCUCCAUGAACGAGAGCCCUCGGGUCCCAACAAACAGCGGGCACCGGCCGAACUCAAGCAAGUCCAUGUCCUGGGUAAGGCACCGGUGCUCGAGACAGGAGAUGGAAGAGUGAUUAUCGAGUCACUCGCGAUCGCAAGAUACCUCAUUGAUACCUAUGACACCGCGGGCAAAUUCAAAGGAGACGGUCAAAGCAAUGAUUGGCUUCGAGAUGAGGAAUUGUGCAACGUCGCAGCGGCCUCUCUUGGCCCCCUGAUGAAUAUUGAGUUGAUAUUCGGCGUUCUGCUUACCGUGCUCCCAUUUUUCAUCAAGCCACUAUUCAAUGUAGCCUACAAGCAGUUGCACAAGGGCUACACUGGCGCCGAAUUGAAACUCUACUUCCAAUACUUGAAUGAUCAACUUGGCGAGCAAGAUUAUUUUAUGGGCACAAGUCCUGGACGAGCCGAUUUCAUUAUGAAGUGGCCAGUGGACAACUGUGUUAAGCAUGGUUUCGUUAAUAUUAAGGACUACCCAGCGAUGGAAAAGUGGUACGCGAGGGUCGAGCAACGUCCGGGGUGGAAGAAAAGCUUGGAAAGGGGGAAUGGAUACUCUUUGGAGAUCAAGAUAUGAGAAUCUGUACAACUAGCCCGGCUGAUUGGCCUGAUGGAUGAUGCGAAGAAUCAAUUCCAAGGGAAAAGUCAAACAUUCAUCCUGUGAUGAGUGAAGUCGGGUCUCACAAAUGGUCGAUACCUGAAUUUUGAGUCGAGUAAGUCUAGAAAUCUGUGUCAGUUAAGUUAGUACUGGGAGUGAAUGAGAAC